GAUGGCGCUCGCAGCCGCCUUACUUUGGUCUGUUUUGAAGCUCUUUUGCUUAUUUUUGUGGUUCUCAGCCGUCACUACGAACGAAAGUACAACAAGCUACAACUGGAACACGACGUUUGGUGAACAGAACGUCACAUACAACGUUACUGACAGCUAUACAACUGUGCAGCCGACAGAGUUUGACUGGACCACAUCGACACCGAGCUCCAGCAGCACACCGCGGACCACUGAGCCGAGCCUUCCCGCCGAGCCGCUGCCCCUCUCCGGCCGCCUGCUCACUCCUCUCACCGGCGUUGACAGGUUGUGUCCCUGUGAUGAGCACAAGGACGUGUGUGAUGUCAACUGCUGCUGUGACAGAGCGUGUAGUGAGGAGGUGUCUCUGUUCACCGGCUGCUCCGUGGACACUGUCAGCGGCCCAAAGCAGCUGUGCAGCCACGAUGUGGCGUCCUACUCUUUAGGGACAACAAUGGACGGUUACUCCGAGCUACAGUCGGCUGUCAGGAAGGAGACUAAUUAUGACAUCUUCUGCAUUUACUCACAGAGCCGUGUUGACGGAUUCUCUCAUCCCUCGCCUGCUCUCCCAACUGACAGGAACUUUGACUCCCUCUAUAAACAGUUUACCAGCUUUAUUUUCGGCUCAGAGGAGAGCUCAGGUGUGCCGGUGUCUGCUGCUGCAGAGCUCCAGGUUUCUCCUGGAUACAAGUAUGGGGACGUGAUGGUGACAGCAGGAGUGAGGGGACAGAGGGGGACGCUCCUGCUGCCAGCUCCUGGUGUCACUGCUGACUGUGUGGACAGCAGUCCCGCAGCGUUCCUGAAGGAUCAGAGCAGUGUGUGUUCCCGCCGUGUGGUUGUGGAGCAGGACUGCAGCUCUCUGGAGGCCCUCAGCAUGGACACCUACACCGACAUCCUGCUCUUUGCUGGGAAGACUGAAGAUGCUGCAGUUGUUCGUGUGGACGUGGCUUCAGUCGUCCUGCAGUCUGUGGAUGGGACUCAGACAGAGCUAGAGAUCAGCGGUGGAGAAAACCUCAACUCUGUUCUCCUGCAGCCGAGCCUCUGUGCUAACGUGGUGCUGAAGGUUGCCUAUGUGAUCAGGUACAACCCAGCAGGAGAGAUAGUGAAUGCGUCUGUGUCUCUGGUGCUUGGAUUUAUCCGUGAAGCAGCACUGACCCUGCAACAGGAGUUCCACAUCACAUUUGUCAAGGAGGAUGGGGAGGAGGUGGCCGUUCACUACAGUGGAAAUCCAGGUUAUGUGGUUGGACUGCCUCUUGUGUCAGGAACAAAAACAGCAGAAGGGAUCGCUCGAAGCAUCGACCCCAGAGACACACUGUCUCUUCUCCACAGUGCCGAGGACCAGGACUGUCUGCAGGGUCCACAUCAACGCUCCCCUGUCCUGUUCGGUGUGGACUCUGUGUCCGGCUGCACAUUAAGACUGGAGGAUGCUGCCAACUGCUCCCUGGUCUUUCAGGUGCUGUUGGAUGUUCUGAGAGGACCGCACCGUGCUCUCUAUGUGGCUUCUUUUGGAAACUCCCCAUUAGAAUAUCCACUGGACUGGGUGCCAAUCAUGAGCAACUUCAAUCCUGCGGAAGCACAGAGUUGCAGCAUCCCGCUGUCACUUCAUUUAGAAAUUGAAUGGACCAAAUAUGGAUCCUUGGUGAACCCCCAACCUCAGAUUGUAAGCAUCAGAGAAGUCAUCCAGAGCAACACCACCAGUCUGGACAUGUUGUCUGGAGGCAGCAGCUUCCUGCCAAUCAGGAGCUCUGUGGCCUUCAUACCAGUUUCUGCCGCUGCUCUUCCUGGUUACAGAGCCACGCCCACCAUCAAUGCCAAACUGCCCUUUGACUUCUUCUUCCCUUUUGUCUGAACGCUCCAACAGUGCUCCUGUAAAUUGUGUGAAUAAUGUAUAUAGGAAGUUUGUACAAAGAUUAUUUA